UGUUUGAGAACAGGACGCACACACAGCGUGUUAGCACGAACGCGCUAAGCAGGUUGCCAUGGAUACCGUCAGGCCCCUUAGCUAGCGUAGCUUGAAUAACAGGCUAAUUAAUUUUAAAAAAAAUAAUGUUUUAACAGUAAUGCCAAAUAAUUUGGUGUGUUAGCUUGCUUGCGAGCUAAACGGGUUGCUAACAGGGUUAGCUGGGUAAGCUAGGUCUCCCGGGUGUUUAUCAUCAUCAUGGGGAGAGAUGUGGAGGAGGUCGCGGCUGCUGUGGUGCGGGAAUAUCUCAGCAGAAAGGGUCUGAAGAAAACCAUUGCUUGCAUGGAUGAAGAGCUUCCACGGACAAACUCGAGCAUAAACAACCGCUCAGAGCUGUGCAGAGUGCUCCACCUAGAGACCCUCUAUAAAAAGAAUAAGAGUGAAGAACAGCCGCUGAAAACCAUGCUGGAGAUCAUGACCAAGGAGCGGAUGAAGAAGAGCGGAGAAGUGAAAAGACACCCUGCGGAAGCGGAUCAGAGCGCGGAGCAGAACUUGACAAAUCCAGCUUCUGCUGAUGAUGAAACACGGACACGUGAGAUGAGGUCAUCCGAGUCGAGCUCCAUGUCCCAGCUCAGCUCCUCCACCUCAUCUCCACCAGCCAGAGCAGCAAACCUGAACACCGCGUCACCUACAGCAGGCCUGAGCUCGGGGCAGACGGGCGGAGAUGGGGACAGCCAGACGAGCAGGGGCAGCAGGAUGAGGAGGGGCAUAAUGGCAGGUCCUAUUGCUGCCUCCGCUCAGGACAACCCCAGGAGACGUCCAGCCAGAAAGACCACAGCGUCUCAGAGUCUUCAGUUUAAGAGCAAAGAAGAGGAUUUAGCCGGACCGAACCCGAGGAGGCGGAGCAGCAGCACGGGCGCUUCACACGCCAAAUCUGACGAGCAAGAAAACACACCGAACCUCAGACAGAGUGGACAGAGCGAAGAAGUGGACAGAGCACCUGGAUUCAGAGCUCACAAAAAUGAAUCAGUGCUGAGUCCGAGACUGGAUGCUCUGCAUCUGACCGGACUGGUUCUGGAUGAUGUAGACGAUCAGGAAGUCUUGUCCGGACAGUCUGCUGUUCUGAAUAAUAACUUCCUACGUCAUCCCGAUUGGAAUAAACGUCCCAUGGACCAGAAAACAGCCACUGCGCUGAAGGAGAUGAUCUUCGGCUCUCCUGCCGCCUGCUUCAGUGAGGAGUGGAGAUGUCAGAGCUUCAGCUUCUCCAGCAGACCUGCUCUGAGAUACGGCAUUGUGCAGAAGAAGGGCGGGCCUUGCGGAGUGCUCGCUGCCGUUCAGGCCGCCGUUCUCCAGAAACUUCUGUUUGAAGGCAUCAGCAGUGACGCACUUUCUGAGAGACUGUCCGACUCUGUGAGGACCAAGUGCCUGACUGACGCUGUGGCUGGAAUCCUGUGGAGAGCCGCAGACAGGAAGAACGUCACCGUCGCCAUAAACUCAGGGAGGAGUCACUUCACCCCCAUGGGCUGCUACAGAUCUGACGGCAUCCUGGAGAUGAUCACCUGUGUGGAUGUUCAGAGCUUUGACGACUUGAAGCUCCUGAUUGAGCAGCACAUUCAUCAGUUUGAGUCUGGUCCGUUCGGCUGCAUCUUGCUCAUCGUCUCCGCCGUCCUGUCCAGAACCCUUCUGAUGGUGAGAGGGGACAUGGACGUUCCUAAUUCCACUCUGAUUGGCGCUCACGGCUACUGCACGCAGGAACUGGUGAACCUGCUGCUGUGUGGACGCGCCGUUUCAAACGUCUUUGAUAACGAGAUGAAGCUCGACUCCGGAAACGGGAAUUUCACCCUGCUGAAGGGGAUCAGAGAGCGCUGUGACAUCGGACUGCUGUCUUUAUAUGAGCACUACAACAUCUGUAAGGUCGGGUCUUACCUGAAGAACCCGAGGUUUCCCAUCUGGGUGGUGUGCAGCGAGAGUCACUUCAGUGUCCUCUUCUCACCGUCUGAAGAUCUGACGUCCAGCCGGUGGAGCCCGCGAGAGUUUGACCUGUAUUACUACGACGGCCUGGCUAACCAGCAGGAACCCAUCAGAUUAACCGUGUAUCCAGACUCUGCUCUAAAGAUGCCGGAUGCUGAGGAUGCAGAUUCGGACCUCACGCCUCCGUUGGAGCUCUGCAUCAGGACCAGAUGGACAGAUGCAGCCGUGAGCUGGAACGAAAGCGAGCCCAUCCUCUGAUUUAAGGAUUGAUCAGAUCGCUCGUCUUGGUUCCUCGCUGCUUUCACGUCGCUUUUUUAUUAUUUUAUCUAUCAUUUUGCUGCUACACGAGUGCACUGUGUCCAGCUUCUUUUUAUUCGUUAUUUAUUUUAUAAAUAACUUGCCGACCUGUCCAACUCGGGAGCAGAUUUCCUGACUGUUGUUGCUGUUACUGACACUAGAGGGCGUGGUCACGGAGAAUUACGUGAAUUCGAUUAAAAUAGUGAUAAUGUUAAUGAAGUGCUCUUGUAUCUGUUACACUAGUGAAUAAGCAAUAAAACACUGCAUGGGUUGUGCUGUUAGAGGAAAAUAAUUAACAGUGUGGAGGUGUGGUGAAGCGAGGCAUCCUGAAACCUUUAUUCUUUUCCUCAAACAACAUGUCUGAGUGUUUUAUUCCUCUUCUACCACAGCAGAUUACAAUUACACUACAUUGCCAAAAGUUUUGGGACGUCUGCCCUUUACAUGCACAUGAAUGUAAUAUGGAGUUGUCCAGCAGCUAUAACAGCUUCAACUCUUCUGGGAAGGCUUUCCACAAGGUUUAGGAGUGUGUUUAUGGGAAUUUUUGACCAUUCCUCUAGAAGCACAUUUGUGAGGUCAGGCACUGAUGUUGGAUGAGAAGGUCUGGCUCACAGUCUCCACUCUAAUUCAUCCCAAAGGUGUUCUAUGGGGUUGAGGUCAGGACUCUGUGCAGGCCAGUCAAGUUCCUCCACACCAAACUCACUCAUCCAUGUCUUUAUGGACCUUGCUUUGGUCACUGGUGUGCAGUCAUGUUGGAACAGGAAGGGGUCAUCCCCAAACUGUUCCCACAAAGAGCAUGAAAUUGUCCAAAAUGUCUUGGUAUGAAGCUGAAGCAUUAAGAGUUCCUUUCACUGGAACUAAGGGGCGGAGCCCAACCCCUGAAAAACCAAAAACCCAAAACUUUUGGCAAUAUAGUGUAGAUACUUUUUUAAUUUAUUAAAGAACAUCAGAGAAUCAUUUAUAUAAUCUCAGCUAGCUUGCUAGCAAACAUUUAUUGCUAACGCUUCGUAAUAAAUUAGCAUCUGUAAUGGAAUAAACGAACAUAGUGCGUCUUUGUUUCACGUUUUAAAAAUUGUGUAAUUGUUGAUGUUUUUAUUGGAAGGAGUCUCCAGUGUCACUGAGUUGUUUUCACCCCCAGGGUGAGAUAAAGAGCAGAUGAUGGGGGAAAAACUGUUUAUAGCUGCUGUAAUGUUAUCUCCUCAACUAUAAACUGAAUAAAAAUGAUGACGUGUUGAAUAAAUAAAAAUUGCUGUGGUCUAAGAGGAAUAAAACAUUUCAUUAUAUUUAAAACCUCUUAAUCUGUUCUGAGUUAACUCUGAUAACUGAAAGGUUUUUCUCAUUUUUAAAAUUUUUUAUUUAUUUUUUCUUUGAGACUUUAUUUGUGUUUCAGUUGAUUUUUACAGUGUGUUUACUUUUAUAUAAGUUUUGACUUCAUGAUCUGUGUAUUUUUUAUUUUUGUUUAUUUUACUUUAUGUUUUAUUUAAUCCUCAUGGAUUGUUAGGAUUUAUUUAAGUUUUAUCAAAAUUGUAUUCCAUGUUUUUUUUCCUUCAAUUUUAUCAUCUGGCUUUUAUUUUCAGCUUUGUUUCAGAUCAGAUUUGAGCUCGGACUGUGGGCCGAUUUGCAUAAAAGCGUCUGCUGGUUGAAUAAGUGUUGCAUAUAAAACACUGUAUCCUCCGUUAAAGCUCCUGCAGCAUGAAGAGUGGAGAUAAAAAGUUUACACACCCCUGUUAUAAUUGCAGCUUUUGAAAUGAAAGAUGUCAGUGUGAGACUAUUAUUGUUGUACGCAUUAUUUAAUAAAAUGACACAAUUAUGUCUAUAAUCGGCAAA